AUGGCGGGGCGGCGCUUCCUUCCGAAACUCGGUUUCGUCCCGUGUUCGAUCAUCGCGGGGAUCGUGUUCCUGGUCAUCGUCGCCCUCGCGCAGGCCAUCGCGGAGACCCACCCGGACGCCGUCUCGGAUCGCCACCACGGUGACGAGUUCCUCAGCAGGCGCGCGCACGAGACCGGGUACCGCCGUUCGGGCUCGCGGCACAGGACGCAUCACGGCGGGCUGUUCGGCCUGAACCUCGACGGCGAGGAGGGGGAGGACCUCAAACCCCGCCGCGCGCGCGCGGGCGACGAGGAGGUGGAGGAGGUGGAGGUGGUCGAGGAGAUCGUCGAGGUCGAGGAGGACGACGACGAGGGAUCGGACGGGGGCGAGGAGGCCGACGAAAAGGGCUCGGUCACCGCGACCCGCGACGCGCGCGACGAUCGCUUCGACGAGUUCCCGGCGUCCCUCGCGCCCCUCGGCGGUGGCGGCGGUGACUCACCGGGACCGUCGUGCGACGCGGGCGACUUCAUCGAGCACGCCGAGUUUUGGGGCGACGUCGUCGUCGACGGAACGCAGAACCUCAAGACGUCCGCGUCGCGGUGCUGCGAGGCGUGCGCGAAGAUCCGAUCGUGCCGGAUAUGGGUGUGGAACCCGGACAGCAAGCAGUGCUGGCUCAAGGCGGACGAACGGGAGCAGCCGGAGCCCGUGGCGAAAGGCGCGAGCGUCGCGUGGACCAGCGGGGUGCUGCCGCAGCGAAAGGGCCCCGGCGUGAAGUACGCCCUGGCGAAGGACGUGGUAGAUCCGACGCCGCCGCCCAAGUGCCUGCACACGGUGCUGACCAGCAGCGGAAACGCGUACAUGAACUGGCAGACCCGAAUCAUGUACCAGACCUACCUCAAGCACGCGGCGGAGCCCGGGAGCGUGAUGAAGGCGUUUACCAGGAUCUUGCACCGCGGCAAGGAUGACGAGUUGAUGAUGGAGGUGCCCACCAUGCGGUUCGACCCGAACCAGGGUAAGUGCGACACGUGGUGCGAUUACCCAGUCGCGGACAGGAGCCUCGCGGUGGCGCAGUGGUCGCAGACCACGGAUUCGAUGCGGUGCUCGCACGUGAUGAUGGUGGAGACGGAUUACAUCUACGUCAAAUCGCCGAGCCCGCACAUCCUGAUGCCCCGGGGAAAGGCCAUAGGGUUCGAGUACUCCUACAUCUACCCGCAGGACCUCAACAUGAAGCGGGUGUACGAGGAGUACAUGCGCGAGCACGCCGACGAGCUCGGGCGGAGCGAGUGGAAACGGGAAAAGUUUGCGCUGCCGAGGACGGGGAACGCGCCCAGCUGCCUGAACGUCGAGGACCUGCGCCGAGUGGCGCCCCUCUGGGCGGAGUUCGUCGCGAGGACGGAGAAGCCCGAGGAGGUUCGAAAGGCCCUCGGGUGGCUGAGGGACAUGUACGCGUACGAUGCCGCGGCGCUCGCCGUGGGCGUGGAGCACGUGGUGGCGCCCACGCCCCGGACGCCGCUCAUGGCGCAGCCCCCCGCGGAUGAGAAGAUCGGCGACGCGUUUCUGCUGCACUACACGUGGGGACCGGAGAUAUACGACGGGAAGGACGAGAAGCUGUGGGUGUUCGAUAAGCGAUCAUACGGCGGAGGUCAGUACCAGCGCGGUCCGUACCAGCUGAGCAAGAUCCCGGACCCGCCGAGGUGGGACCCGGCGGCGGGGCUGCAGCUGCAGGAUUUCUUUCAGCCGAGGACGCUGAGCGAGAGCAAGCUGGAGCUCAUCCGGUUGAUGAUUGACGAGUUCAACGAGGCGGUGGGUAAGCUGCCGAGGAUACCCAAGGGACACAAGACCCUCGAGGAGGCGCAGGCCAUGGCGGCGUGA